UCAAAGCACCCAGAGCAUGCCAAACACGAGCAUGGAGGAUCAGAGCCGCUCGGCUUCCCCCUCCCCUUCACUCAGCUCAAUGUCGGAACGUUCCGAAGGUGACGUAACAGAGCCUCGAAUCCCGUGUCGCUCCGCUUCCGAAGGAAAGGAAAAGCAACAAGAAGGAAGAGCAAUGGCGACACUGGAUCGCAAAGUGCCCAGUCCGGAGGCUUUUCUGGGCAAACCGUGGUCCAUCUGGAUCGACGCCGCUAAAAUACACUGCUCCGACAAUGUAGAUUUAGAAGAGACUGGAAAAGAGGGUGGAAAAAGCAGGGAGGUUAUGAGGCUUAAUAAAGAAGACAUGCACUUAUUUGGGCAUUAUCCAGCUCAUGACGACUUUUAUCUAGUGGUCUGUAACAUCUGCAAUCAGGUAGUGAAGCCACAAGUAUUCCAGUCACAUUGUGAAAGAAGACACGUUUCAAUGUGCAAACCUUCCACAUCCCCAGCUUCUCCUCCCUCCAACACCAGAGCAUCACAUUUACAAAUGAAAACGAAAACCUGUAUCAGCAGCCAUAACCCUGUCAACAGUAAUUCAAAGCCAUUCAAAGCGCCCAAAGACAAUCUACUUACCUCCAAUAAUAAACAACACACAGUGUUCUCUUCUAAAGUGUCAAGAGAUAAACCAUGUGGCCCUGUUCCUGUAGUGAGCCUUGAGAAAAUCCCAAAUCUUGUGAAAGCCGAUGGUGCCAAUGUUAAAAUGAAUUCAGCCACUAACUCUUCCUCUACGGCAGCAUCUUCAGCAUCCUCCCUAGCAAAGCAGUCUGUGUUACCGAAACCUGUUCCGCCUUCACCAGAAAAAAUAUUGAAUGGGAAAGGAAUUUCAUCUCUAGACAAAAAGCAUCAAAAUGGUACCAAAAGCAGUAACAAGCCUUACAAAAGACUUUCUGAGAGAGAAUUUGACCCAAAUAAACACUGUGGAGUAUUGGAUCCAGAGACAAAGAAGCCGUGUACAAGAUCUCUGACUUGCAAGACACACACCCUUAACCACAGACGGGCAGUCCCAGGUCGAAAGAAACCAUUUGAUAUUCUCCUAGCUGAACACAAGGCUCGAUCGAGAGAAAAAGAGGUGACAAAAGACAAAGAACACCCACAGAAUACACGAGAAACGCAUCAGAACCAGCCUGCACCAGCACAAGAACAGUCAUCAGGACCGUCUGCUAGCUCUACUUCAGAACCAAAAGUGACAUCUCCUGCAAAAGCCAGACUUCCAAACUCUGUCCUACCAAGACAGUCUACUGCAAAUAUCAUGAACAGCACAAGUUCAGUAAACCACAGUGCUUUUGUGCCAGACACCACUAUUAAUACUGCGGCAGGGGAUUUGGCCAGUCGGCUCUCCAGUGACGAAGGAGAAUUAGAAGGUGUUGAAGAGGCAGAAAAACUUGACUGUUACUACUCUGGGCAUCAUCCAAAACCGCUUGCGUUUUGCUCAUUUGGAAGUCGUUUAAUGGGAAGAGGGUACUACGUGUUCGAUAGGCGGUGGGACCGGUUUCGUUUUGCAUUAAAUUCCAUGGUGGAGAAACACUUGAAUUCACAGAUGUGGAAAAAAAUUCCACCAGCCGCAGACAGUCCAAUGCCUUCUCCAGCAGCUGCACAUAGCAGCAGCCCUUUCCCUGCAUCUGUUCUGCAGCCUUUCAGCAGCCCCAAUUCAGUAUAUCAUCCCUCACCUCCCACUAACUCCAGAACCACCUCCUCUUAUGUAUUGUCAAAUGCGGCUUUUGUUUCAUCAUCUGACACAAACUCAGUCACAUCGCACACGACUGCAUUCCCUCAUGUCACAAGCACACUGAAUAUCAUGGACUCUACUUUCAAAGCUCCUUCAGCCAUUUCUCCUGUGUUGGCCAUGAGUCCUUUGCCAUCUCAUAAGCUGCCGAAAACUAAGACUGGCAAAUCAUCAAAAGUAAAAGACCUGUCUUCGCGGAACGACGAGCCUUCAAGUAACAAAAAGAAAAAGCCUCAGACGCCUUCUUCCACCUCCUCCUCCUCUUUACCUUUGCAGACGUCCUCAUCGUCUACGUUUUCAGGGUCUCACAAGAAAAACUGCAUUUUGAAUUCUAGUGUGACAAUAAACUCUUAUCAGGCGACUUCUUCCUAUAACAGUGUGUCCGUGCACAAUGCAAACAAUGGAACAAGCCCAAUCAGUGCCAAACUGGAACCGCCAGUAAGAACUUCUUUAUCUGGUAGCUCAACGGACUCUAUAAAACAUAUGAGCAUGGUUGUUAGCAGUAUUGACUCCAGCCUGUCGGUGUCUUCCCUGGUGCACCAUCCUGGGGAGCACACACUGGCAGUGCACAAUGCAGUGUCUUCAAUGUCUCUUCCCUUUGACAAAUCAGAGGGCAAAAAGCGUAAAAACUCCAGUGCAAGCAGUAAGGCCUGUAAAAUCACUAAAAUGCCUGGUAUGAACAGUGUUCACAAAAAGAGCACCACCAACCUUAUAUCUUCUGUGCCAGAUCCCCCAAAUAGCUCCUUGUCACGGCAGAUGGGGAAAAGUAGCAGUGUAGCUUUGUCACAAUCUGCUUCUUCAUGUACAUCAAAUCCUGCACACAACAAACAAAAGACUACAAACCGCACUGGCAGGAUAAGAACACUUCCAUGACACUGGGAGAUAAUCAGCCGAUUACUUGGAGAUCUCAGCAUCCCUACUCAAGCACUUCAUUUGCAGCGGGCAGAGACAAUGUCGCCUUUCAUAACGAAGUGAUGGAGACCUGUCAGUCUAAAGUUUACAGAACCAAACUGGGUGUUUUUGCUUUUGCCAUUUAUGUUG